AUGGAUAGAAUAAGUCAAUUGCCGGAUGAGCUUCUCUUGAGGAUAUUGUCGUCACUGCAAACGAAACAUGUCGUGUCCACAAUGGUUUUGUCAAAACGAUGGCAGUUUCUUUGGAUGUAUGUGCCAAAACUUGUAUACGAUGAUAGCUAUCUGAAUCCUGCGUAUGGAAAAUUCUCGAGGUUUGUAGACAGAUCUUUGUUUAUGCACGAGGGUCCAGUUAUUGAAUCUCUGCAUUUCAAGCUUGGUCGAACCUGUGGUAGUGGUGAUAUUCAGGUGUGGAUUAGAGCUGCACAGAAAUGCUGUGUGCGUGAGCUGAUUAUCAAUAUUGUUACUUAUCCUACAAGUAUAUUACCAAUCACACUCCCCAGGAGUUUGUAUACAUGUUGCAGAAUGCUUGUGGCAUUGAAACUAAGUAACGCAAUUCUUGUUGAUGAUGCUUCUUCUUCCUCGGUUUCUUUCCCACAUCUCAAGAAACUGAGUCUUGUUAACAUGAAGUAUCCAGGUGAUGAAUUUGUCAACAGGCUUUUAUCCAGUUGUCCUGUUCUUGAAGACUUGGUUGUGAGACGAAACCUUCGUGACAAUGUAGCCACUUUCAACAUCAUCGUGCCUUCUCUAAAGAGUUUAGUCUUGCGAAAAUCAUCUUUUGUAGACAAGGCUCAUGGGUAUGUGAUUGAUGCUCCCUCUUUGGAGCUGUUGGAGGUUUUUGAUUCUACAAGCGGGUUUUUCAUCGCUAAGAGUAAUAUGCCUAACAUUGUCGAGGCAACUGUUGUACUUUCUUGUGACCAUCCUGAGCAGAUUCUUUGUUCUAUUACUUCAGUCAAGCGCCUCUAUUUAUGUACCAAGGACGCACAUCUUGCUGGUACUAUCUUCUGCUCUCUGUUGUCUUUAAAGAUAUUUAUAGUCGAGAAACAAUGGUCGAGUCUACUUAUGGAUGCGCUCAGAAAUUCCCCUAAGUUACAAAAUCUCAUAUUUGGAAAGUGGGCUGUUGAACCUCGCCAGUGCUGGAGUGAACCGAAGUCAGUUCCAGAAUGUGUGUUAUCGAGUCUUGAAACUGUGGAAUGGGUAAAGUAUAAAGGAGCAGAAGACGAGAAACAAGUGGUGGAAUUUAUCUUAAGAAAUGGAAGCUGUUUAAAGAAAGUGACUAUAAAAACUGAAUCCACAAGCGACCGUGAGAAACUUGAAAUGAUCAGAGAGUUAUCUUAUUCGCCGAGGGGUUCGCCUACUUGCCGGCUUGCGUUUGACUGA